CCGACAUAGUCCCUGGUUGAGUGAAAAUGGCACCAGCAAAGAAGGGUGGUGAGAAGAAAAAGGGCCGCUCUGCCAUCAAUGAGGUGGUCACUAGAGAAUACACCAUCAAUAUUCACAAAAGGAUCCAUGGAAUUGGGUUCAAAAAGCGUGCACCUAGGGCUCUUAAAGAGAUCAGGAAGUUUGCAGUGAAAGAAAUGCGUACUCCUGAUGUUCGUAUUGAUACCAGACUGAACAAAGCUGUUUGGGCCAAAGGAAUCAGAAAUGUUCCAUAUCGCAUACGUGUACGUUUGUCAAGAAAGCGCAAUGAGGAUGAAGAUUCUCCUAACAAACUUUACACACUGGUCACAUAUGUACCUGUCACAAACUACAAAGGCCUUCAAACCGUCAAUGUUGAUGAAAACUAAAUGGCGUUCAUUGUUAAAAUAAAAAGUAAAACUGA